GGAGCUUGCCUGGAGGGCAGCUGCGUAUGGACGCGGUGUUGCCUGCAGGCGCCGACCUAGGAGCUGCUUCACGCACCGGUGCGCAGGACCUCUGGCAUGCUGUCUCCGGCAACGUCCUGUCCUCACCGAAGGUCACUGGCCUCACCGCAGCUCCGACGCGAGGGACCUCACCACUGGCUACGCAGCAGAUCAGGAUCUUCUUCUGCGGCGAUGCCAUGGGCAUUCUCAGCCCCUUCGGGGGCUUGGGGGGCAACGCCGGUGUGGAGGAUGCCGUGAACCUU